AUGUCAGUCACACUGCACACGUCGCACGGCGACAUAAAGGUUGAGAUAUACUGCGAAAGUGUUCCCAAAACUGCAGAGAAUUUCCUUGCCCUCUGUGGCUCCGGCUACUACGAUAAAUCUCCAUUCCACCGCCUCAUCCCCAAGUUUAUGGCACAGACUGGUGCACCCGCAACACCAAAUCCCCCCGAGAAUCCCAAAGGCGGACGCAGCAUAUGGGGAGGCGCGUUUGAAGACGAGAUCCGGCCUGCGCUACGACACGGCACUCGAGGCGUGCUGUCGAUGGCCAACAAGGGACCCGGAACGAACGGAUCGCAAUUCUUCAUCACGUUCGACAAGGCGCCGCAUCUGGACGGACUCAACACUGUAUUUGGGCGCGUCAUUGGCGACGAGGGUUUCGCGACAUUGGCCAAGAUGGAAGCUAUCGAAGUGGAUCGAAAGAACAGACCCAAGGAGCCAGUUCGUAUCGAAAAUGUGACGAUCCACGCCAACCCGAUCGCUGGUUGA